UUUACGUUGGUGCUGUGAUUCAGCUGUUCCUGAUAUUAUUAUGCACCAGCGCAUUCGCGUCAGUGCCGCAAGAUGCGAAGCAGCAAAAACGGAGUAACGUCGUUAACGACGCGUGGGUCGGUCUACCGAGUUACGGAUAUGGACAACCGUGGUCAGUCGAUCACCUCUCCUUGAGAGGACUGAACCUUCCCAAAAUCUCACUGCACGACGGGUAAAGAUACCUAUUACACUUAUUAUAUCAUUUAAGAAAGUACUAAAUCAAUUAAAAAUUAAUGGGCUACCUUCAUCUUGCUCGGACCUAAGUAAUGAUCUGGCGUUCUCGUUUCCAUUUGAUUUAUAUCACAACAGGUCCUGAUUUAGCUUUAUUUGUAAUAAAUAAAGUUUAUAUAAAAGAUUUGAACUAAUUCCAAGCAAAUCUCUAAAUUGUAUUGUACAUUUUGCGGAUUUUAACGUUCCAUAAUAAUAUAAAAUACUAGCUGAAAAAUCGCACGGACAUUAUGGAGCGUUAAUAAAUAUUUUUUUGAGAAUCACCUUUCACCUUGCAAAUUAUUGCUCUUUGCCCUGAUUUUUCCCCGCUUUGAUAUACUUGUAAAAAUUGUCAUUAUUCUCUAAAAAGUAUAGAACAAUGACAACAAUCCUAAAUAGCACAGGUGAUCGUAAUGAACUAAACAAAGAGGACGUACUUUUUAAAAUUCUUUAUGAAUUAGCGUAAUCUGUCCAAAAUGAACUCCAAGAGAAUUCCUUUUCUUCUGCACCCGAAUAAAUAAUAAGAGUCUAUUGAAAAUUGAAAUGGGAUGAAACAAGAAUUUGUUACAUAACCCGGGAACUCAAACAGAAAUUUCUUUCUCUGUGCUAUCUGGAAGUAUAAUAUUAUCUUCACAUUUCAUGUCGAUCGGCAGACUGGACCUGGCGGAUGCGACUUAUGGUAGAGGUGGCAUCGCCUUGACACCUGGACUUCUAAAAACCCUGCCGGUGUCCAUAACAAAGCACGUGGUGGUGGAGAGGCCGGUGCCAGUCCCGGAGCCGGUGAUCAUAGAGAAACCGUAUCACGUGCCGGUACCGAUCGAGAAAAUCGUUCACAAAUCGGUCCCCGUCCCAAUACCUCAGGUAGCGCAUCCAGUGCCCGUCCCGAUACCGGUACCACAGGUAGUGCCGAUUCCGGUGGAGCAUCCGGUGCCGAUCCCGGUGAAGCAGCCGAUCGCGGUGCCAGUGCAGCAGCCGUAUCCGGUACCAGUGAAACAGCCGGUACCCGUGCCGAUACCGGUACCAGUGCCGGUGCACUUCUUGCCACGUUCGCUUCAGCCGCUGCCCGCAGUUCCGCCACUUCCGCUGGUCCCACCGAUUUCAUCGCUUCCGCUGGUUCCACCGAUUGCAUCGCUUCCGUCGCUUCCGCUGGUCCCGUCGCUUCCGUCGCUUCCGCUGAACCCGUCCGCUGGCGGCAUCUAUGUGCGCAUGUAUGCACCCGACCACCUACACCCAGUCCACCUGCCGUCGGCCGGCCUGCUUCUCCCCGGCCAUGGACAUGGGCAUGGGCAUGGGUUUGGCCACGUGGUGGCGCACGGCUACGACCACGGCUACGACUACCACGAUGCCCACGCCGACCAUGUUGCUCACGCUGACCACUUUGCCCACGUCGACCAUUUUCCCCACGGGCACGAGCACAAAAAGAGGAAGACCGACAAGAACUGA